AUGGUUUCAAAAGUUUUCCUUCCCAACGGCGUCAAGGCUAUCUCCGCGAAUUUCACUGCGUUGGCAGAUGGCACGCGAUUCGAGUCCACGUUCAUGGUGAAUAACAGGCAGUUCAAGGCUGUGGUCCAGCAAGUUGAUGCCGCCACUCCCCUUAGCAUUAGCAGUGCCCAGUUCGUCCUUGAGUCCAUUGCCUACAAGUCCCCUGGAACGAAUGUUGAGUACAUUGACUGCAACGUCGAUGUUUUUUACGGUGAUGUGACCGUGAACGUCAGCGUUUUCCCAAUCAGCCCUGUCGCCAAAAACUGA